AUGUCUCUCGAUAUGACAGGUACACCUACGGGUGUUGGAUCCGGCGGUAAUUCGCUAAAUACAGAUAUGAACACCCAAUUUAUAGCGGCUGAUAUGGUCUGGUUAGGUGUCUCUGCAGCAGGUGUGUGGAUUAUGGUCCCAGGUAUUGGUUUGCUGUAUAGUGGUAUGUCGCGUAAGAAGCAUGCUCUUUCGUUGUUAUGGGCUUCUAUGAUGGCAGCCGCGGUUGUCAUCUUUCAAUGGUUCUUCUGGGGUUAUUCUCUGGCUUUCUCUCACGAAGUGAGAGGACAUGGUUUCAUUGGUACUUUGGCCAAUUUCGGGUUCAUGAAGGUCUUGGGAGCUCCAUCCUCUGUGACUAGUGUUCCAGAUAUCUUGUUUGCUGUAUUCCAAGGUAUGUUCGCUGCAGUGACAGGUGCAUUGAUGCUUGGUGGUGCGUGUGAAAGAGCUAGAUUGAUGCCAAUGAUGUUGUUUUGUUUUUAUGGGAUGACAAUUGUGUAUUGUCCAAUUGCUUGUUGGACUUGGAACUCUCAAGGUUGGCUAGCUCUGUUUGGUGCUCUCGAUUACGCUGGUGGUGGACCAGUUCACAUUGCUUCAGGUCAUGGUGCUUUGAUUUAUGCGCUAAUAUUGGGUAAGAGAAGUGAUCCAGUCGCUAAGAGCGGUAUGCCUAAAUACAAGCCUCACUCGGUGACUUCUGUUGUCCUCGGAACUGUUUUCCUGUGGUUUGGUUGGCAAUUCUUUAACCCAGGUUCUGCUGGUAACGCUAGUAUCAGGGCCUGGUACUCUGCUAUGAACACCAAUUUGGCUGCCUCGUGUGGUGGUCUAGCAUGGAUGUUCAUCGAUUAUUUCAGAUCCGGUGGUAAAUGGACCACCGUGGGCCUUUGUUCAGGUAUUAUCGCUGGUUUGGUCGGUAUCACUCCAGCAGCAGGUUUCGUUCCAGUCUGGUCCUCUGUGAUUAUCGGUGUCGUGGCUGCUGCAGGUUGUAACUUGGCUACAGACCUAAAGAACUUCCUACACAUCGAUGAUGGUAUGGACGUCUGGGCUCUUCACGGUGUAGGUGGUGCCAUUGGUUCGGUUUUCACCGGUAUCUUUGCCGCUGACUACGUUAACGCAACUGCGGGUGCUGAAGCUGUCGCUAUCGAUGGAGGUUGGUUAAACCACCACUGGAAACAGGUCGGAUACCAAUUGGCUGCUGUUUGUUCCACAAUUGCUUGGGUCGUUACGGUCACUGCAUGUUUGUUGCUAAUCAUGGACAGAAUCCCAUUCUUGAGAUUGAGAUUGAGACCGGAAGAAGAGGAACUUGGUACUGACGAAGCACAGAUCGGUGAGUUUACUUACAUGGAAGAGACUCCCUACAUUCCAGAACCUGUAAGAUCAAGAGUGAUGGCCACCAUGCCACCACAAGAACACAUUGAUGACAAGAUCAGUCAAUCGACUGAUGGAGCUGGUCCUUCCACUGGCAGCGAAGCUGCAGGUGAGAAAGUGACAGCAUAA